CUUCGUGUGUUAUUCUUUCCAAGUUUGAAUUAGGAAUAUUUUGUCGUGCGAUUCAAGAUUAUAAAGUAAAUUUGGCACCAAUUGUUCCUCCUGUCGUUUUGCUUUUGGUUAAAAGCCCCAUUGCAAGAAAAUAUGAUUUGUCAAGUUUACGAUUAGCUAUAUCCGCUGCCGCUCCUUUAAGCAAAGACUUAAUUAAGCAAUGA